ACACGCCCUGAGAAUUAACUAGUUGUUUCCCUUCAACCGCGACGCGGAUUAAAUAACUGAUGCUGCACUUUUGCCUUUAAAGAAUAAAAGCCGAAUCAACGCGUUUCCCUUGAGCUGCAGAGGUAAGUGACAUCACACGUGUGUUUGAAGGAAUCUCGAUUUGGGGCAGGACGCGUAAGCGCGAGCGACUCCACCUUUAUAUGUAUGACAGCCUGAAGGUUACACGUCUUCUGGAUUUGGGGAUCAGUUAGACAAAACGUCAAUGUGCAUAGCAAGGCCUCAAACUGACUGACAUUAGCAUGGGCAUGGAGAGUCAGGGCCUUCUGCGCCCUGCAGGAAACCUGACCCCAAAUCAGGUCCAGACAUUUCAGAAGGUGGAGCCGAAAGCACUGGGGUCCAUUCAGAUCAUCAUCGCAGUCUUGUGCUUGUGUCUGAGCAUCACCAUUCUUCAGCUCUAUGAAGAGGUUCACUUCUCUCCUGAUCUCAUUGUUGUGGUAGUGAUCGUUGUUCAGUUGCUUGUGUCUGGAUCCAUUUUAAUCCACGCUGGAAGGUUCCCGUCUCUGUUCUGGGUGAAAGCCACACUGGUGUCUCACCUGGUCAGUGCAGCGUUCUCCACUGCUGUUCUUAUGCUGCUGUCCCGUCACCUGCCGUACCGUCAGGACACGUACCACUGUGAGCAUUGCAGGAGACUGGAGAUCUAUGCUGUGCAACAAAAUUGUUUCAGGAAGUGCAGUUAUACUGUCGAGAGAAAUUGUAAACUCUUGAUCGAUGGCUUCUUGGCCACACUGGUUCUGUUUCUGGUGGUGGAGUUGGCGAUCUGCAUUGUAACCAUUUUGUUUGGACUAAAUGCUCUGGCUAAAGGUGGCGUGCAGCUUCCUGGUUUCAGACAGCGUGCUGCCCCAUCUCGGCCUGAGGUGAGCACCCCUAGCCAACCUCAGGUGGAGGUGAUGGUGCCAGAGGUGGAGCCAAUGCCUGAGCGUGAGCCUGAACCCAGAUCUGAGCCGACAGACGAAAUCCCUAGCCCUCCCACUGAACCUCAAGUGGCCCCCAUUGACUCUUUAACAGACGUUUGACGCUUCGUGCUCAUGUGAUCUGUAUGUAUAUUGUAUUAGAGAUGAAUGAGGCCUUAACAGCAAGGGUUUUGUAUUUUACUGAUGUAUGACAUCAACAUGAAAAGGCUUUAUAAUAUAGGCCAUUAUCAUUAUACUUAAAGGGACGGUUCAACCAAAAAUAGAAAUGAAUUUACUCCCUCAUGUUGUUUCAAACCUGACUUUCUUUAGUACACUGAAAAUGGAUGGGGACCAGGGCUGGUCAAGCAAAAAAAUAAAAAUAAAUCACCAUAAAAGCAAAAACAGGAAUGGUUCAUAUAAUGUGUGCACUAUAAAUCUGAAGUCAUACAUUUAUGUCGUCCAUUAUAAUAUUGCUUGACUACUGUGA